AUCCGAGCAGACUCCACACUGAGCGAUAGCCAGGGGCAGGGCUUGAUCCUUCCACCCUGAGAUCACGACCUGAGCCAAACCAAGAGCAGGAGGCUCAACCCACUGCACAAUCCAGGUACCUCUAAGUUCUCAACUUUUUAAAAUAAGAGCAACCACAUUUUCAAAUUUCACCGUGAAAAUGAAGUAGCCAGCCCUGACUAUCCCCAGUGCCCUCUACUCCGGACGUGGAGGGCAACUGAAGAUUUUCCACCAUAAUGUACAAAAGGGUGGCGCACCUGUCAUCUGGGUCAGAUGCAGGUUCUCAGUAGGUCCUGUGAUACGAGGAUUCCCGUAGGUGACCCCCCCCCAUCCCCACCCCAGGCUGGAAGCGGCCCAGCUACCCUAACGGGAGUUACGGUUGGUUAGACUUGGUGGGUGCGAAGAUGGGCGCGAAGGUGGGCAGGCUCACGGGGACCGGAGCGGGGGUGGAGGCGUGGGAUCUGGGGCGCUGGAGCGCCGGCGCGCGGUGACAGCGGGAGUUCGGAGACCCGGCAGCGGGCACACCAGGCGGCCGAGGGCAGGGCGCAGGCACGCGGCGACACCGAGCAGAGGGCGCGCCAGGAAGCCGGCAGCGGGGAGGGGGACGCGCGCGCGCGCCCGGGGCGGGGCACGUUGCCCGACUCCUCCUCCGCGCCUGGCCCGGCGGCCGCGGCCUCUCCAGCUGCCACACGGGUCCCAGGAAGCGGAGCAGUAGGAGGAGGAAGCGCGGGGACCGAGCGGCUCGCUGGGUGCGGCGGCGCGGCUCCCUCAUGGAGCCCAACGUGCGCUUCUGGAUCACCGAACGUCACUCUUUCAUUCAGAGAUUUCUUCAGUGGACAGAAUUGUUGGAUCCUACAAAUUUGGUCGUUUCAAUUGAAAAAAUAGAGAAAUCAAGGCAACUAUUGUUAACAAAUGAAGAUGCAGCCAUCCGGGACUUGGAGAACCAAAGGAUAAAAGACGCCUGGAAGAGAAGUCUUUCAACAGUGCAUCCUGACAGCGGCAAACUGAUCCCCGUUCCGUUUCGCCCUGCAGCUUUCCUACCUUUCACGGCGCCCAUGGUAUUUUUCUCAAUGCUGUCGGCAAAAAGUCUGAAGUCCCUGAUUUUACCUCAGGUUUCCUUCUAUACCUACACUACGACGUUCAACAUGGUCAACGGGAAUGCAAGUUAUAAUCGUCGCCUAUAUGAGAGUCUGUUACUAGGGACAGGAGUGAUUGCCUCUUCUUCCUUUUUUGGAUUAUUUCCUGUUUUGUUCCAGAUGCGGGUGAAUCACGUUUUGUUGAAAAGAGCCCUUCCCAUCAUCAUUCUCACCCACGUUAGUGGAAUGAAUGUUGUUGCCACCCGAAGUCUGGAGCCCAUUCGAGGCAUUGAAGUCAUGGACAAAGAAGGCAAUGUCAUGGGCUAUUCCAGAAAAGCCGGGACAAAGGCCGUUAAAGAUACAGCGACAUCCAGGAUAGUACUGUUUGGGACCACCGCUUUCAUCCCUGAAGUCUUCUCACACUUUUUUGUAAGGACCCAGUUUUUCCGGCAGUAUCCAUGGUCAUUGUGGACCUUCAAGCUGUCUUGUACUGUCUUAGUGAUGGGACUGAUGGUGCCACUUUCUUUUAGUCUAUUCCCACAAAUGGGACGGAUACAGUGCAGUGAGCUCGAAAAGGAAAUUCAGUCUGUGACAGAAGAAACAGAACUCUUCUAUAACAGAGGGGUAUAAGGAUGCGUUUUCAGUGAAUUUGUUUGGUUCCUGCUUGAACACCUUCCUCACUGCUUGAGGUAUCCGUUUGGAGGACACUGCGGGAGGGCUGGAACCGAGGUAUCCGCACCCACACGUUGCCUUACACUUACACAGGCCACGACCGUUUCAAGGCUGGUGCCUGGGCUUUCAAGCCUGGAUGGAAGAAGAGAAAGGAGAGGCUGUCCUGUCUGACCCCCAGCACGGGGCGGCAGAAGGAACGGCUGAUGGAGGAGCCCGUUUUCUGGGUGUUCAUCAGCCUCUGAAGGAUACUGUGAAAUGACUAAUAAACUUAUCGAAAGUUGAGUUGUUGAAAAAAUAAAGUAGGAGGGUCCACCAGGCCCAGGGCCCAGGCAUUCAUUCCACUGAUGGCCCAUCUCACGGUAAACAGGAACUUCUGGUGAGCACUGAAGGCCUCCGAGCCCCAAAGCCACCCCGUCUCCCUCCUCAGAGUCCUGCCAUUUUGGACUGCUUAGAAUCUUUGCCCUCAGCUGUCCACCACCUCCUCUCUCCUCGCUGGAGAAUGACCCUGCCUCCUCCUUCACAGUGAAAACCAGGACUGCUGGCCGGCAACAGAACCUCCUGGCACCAAAUCUGCAGGCCUCUUGCCACCCACACCCGGCCUUCCCUCCUCCUCGCAAGGUCAGCUGGGCCCUGGCCCUGGGCUCUGGGCCCCUCCCGCCUCCUGAUUUCCUCAGGGCCUCGCUCUCCAGCUCCUCCCUCCUUCCCAGUGGCAUACGAACUACUUGAGUCACCAGCCUUAUUAAAAAAGCAAACAACUUUCGAGAGCCAAACUUUGUCAAAGAUGAUCUUCCCUCACUGUUUCCACCCGCCUCACACUCUGCUAAAACUGCUCUUUCCUCCCAGCUCCACCCCAAGGCCCAAGCGCCACGCUGCUGGGUGCUCAGACACAGCCCUGGGCUUGCUCCUGGAGCCACAGGCCCAGGCCCAUCCAGCCGUGCCAAGCGCUCCACCAUCCAGAUACCCACUUGAGACCACCUUUCCCGCCCAAUCUCAGGAAAUGGCACAGCCAUGUAACACAGUAUCGUCACCCUUACUCCUCCCCUCCCCUUCAAGCCCUUUCAGUAGCUGAGCCCAAAGGUGUCAGGUCUCUAGGCCCCAUUCCUCUGAGGCCAGUGCUACAACCUACCCAGUCCAACAGCGUCCCCUGCUGGUAUCACUCUCUUCUCUCCUCUGGCUCCUCCAAUCAAGGCCCCAGCCUGCUCUGACAAAUACUUGCCUAAAAGCCUUAGAGGGCUUCCCAGUGCAUCACUUCAAGUCCAGAUUCCUUAACAGGCAGGCGAGAGCCUUGACCUUACUCAACUCUUGCCACUCCUUUUCCUCACUCCUGACCAAUACCCCGUUCCUCACAUGGGCUAUGGUCUUUCCUUCCUGGACCUUCGUAUCAGCUGUUCGCUGCCAGGCUAACUCUUGCCUAUGCAUCAGGUCUGACUUGGACAUCACUCCUUCCAGGAAGCCUUCCAGGAUUCAUAGUAUUAAUUCGUUGCCCCUUCAAUGUGCUCCCAUAGCACUCAUACUGUAUCUGGCACUUGCCACACCAUGGCAGAACAGCCUGUUUGUUGUCCCUGAGCCCCAGUAAACUGUGCCUGGGGCAGGAAGUGUGUCCUGUGCAUCAGGGAGGCCUCAGGAUACAACACCAUGCAUGGCAGAGUAGGCACCCAAACACUGGCAUACUGGAAAAAUAUUUCCAACAUACCCUGCCCCAGAUCAUCAAGGACUCUAUCUGUGACUUUCAGGCAGGGUUCCCUAGGCCAGAAUGAUGGUUGUCUUCAAACGUCGUUAAAAGGGUUUCACAACAGCCUAGAAGAACAAAAAAUGUUCUACUGGGCGCCUGGGUGGCUCAGUCAAUUAAGCGUCUGACUCUUCAUCUCAGCUCA